AUGAGAGGUAGAGGUUGGAAGUCAUUAGGAAGGAGGGACAAACAUGAGAGAGUGAGGGGUUGAAAAAGAGAGUGACAGACCUGCAGUGCUCUAGAAAGUGAGACAGAAGAUAAAAGGAAGCAGAGACAAACCAGACACACACAGGGACUUCGCAGACACACAUCUCUCUCUCACUCAUACAUACACGCUCAGUCAGCAGCAGCAUGUUUCGGUGGAGGAACCUCCAGGCAGUGUGUGUCCUGUCGCUGUGUGUGUGUUUGGCUCUUGCCUACGAGGAUGUUAUCGAGGUCGACUACACUGACAGCUACGGCAAUGAAAUCCCAGAUGGAGAGACACCAGCACCCACGCCGAGCCCUGCGCCCUGCAGUUCUCCUGACCUGACCAAAUGGGACAAAAUCUUCUCAAUGCUGGAGAACAGUCAGAUGAGGGAGAACAUGCUGCUUCAGUACGUCGACAAUAUCAUCAAGGUGGAGAUGGGGUCACUGCGUGGGGACAUUCUCAGGCUUGUAGACCAGUAUGGCGGCUCCUGUGGGGCUGCAGUGGAGACAGCAGGAAGAAGGAUGGCCUCGCAGCUGGAAGACCGUCUCAGAGAAACCCUAAUGCUCCUCAAACUUGGAGAUCAGGCUUCUGCUGCUGUUGCUUCUUCUGAGAGUUCUUUCGAGGAUUACAACAACCUGAAGGAAACGCUAUACCGGCUCCUCAUCAUGGGACGAACACAAGUCUCCCGACUCACCAAUUUGGAGGCCAGCUGCUUCAGCAGCUCAGGUAGUGGGGGGUCUGGGCACUGGGCACAAAAGGUCACAUCACAAGAAGUGGCUUUAGAAGGGGCGCUGGCUGCACUGCAACAAAUGAGGCUGGAGAUGGGGGAGGUGCUGAGGUCAUCUAAGCAAAGAUACCUACCUGCAGGUUGCGAGAUGGCCCUCCUCUUUCCCAUGCGCUCCCGUCGAAUCUACACCUCUGUCAUACCAGACAUGCCUCUCUCCAUCUCCUCCUUCACUGUCUGCAUGUGGGUGAAGCCCACCGCUGUCGCCAACAAAACCGUGCUGUUCUCCUACGGCAACCGCCGCAACCCAUAUGAGAUCCAGCUGCUAAUCGGACAAAACUCUGUGCUCUUCACCGUUGGAGGAGAGGCUCAUCUGGUGGAGGCAAGGAGCAUAGUGAUCCCAAGAGAGUGGAUGCACUUAUGUGGAGCUUGGUUCUCCGAGCAGGGUCUGGCAUCGCUGUGGGUAGGUGGGAAAAAAGUGGCCACAACACCCGGAGUGGCUGAGGAGCAUGUCUUGCCUGACGGAGGCACACUCCAGCUGGGGCAAGAAAGAAACGGUUGCUGCCCUCUGUCUCGAGGCAGCGGGAGCGGCAUGGCGGGGUUUGAGGAAGGGUUCGAUUCCAAGCUGGCAUUCGCUGGGAAGAUGACGGGGGUGAACAUGUGGGACAGCGUCCUGUCAGAGGAAGAAAUUUCUGCUUUGGCUUUGAGGGAGGGCCAGGGCUGCGAGCAGAGGGGGAACAUAGUUGCGUGGGGUGUGACGGAAAUGGUGCCACAUGGAGGCGCUGAGUUCAUCAACUAACAGACUUCUGCUCUCUGUGAUUUUCAUCAUCAUAGUCAACAUCACCAAAAUAAUCAGCAACAUCGUAAUAAGCUUUAAUGUAAAAAGGGAAGAAAGCAACUUAACUGUUUUUAUCAUGAUCAUCAUCAUCACCAUCGUUAUCAUCUUUGUCCCUGUAAUGUCCCUUAAACAUCUGAAUUAGUUGUAAGUACUAUUUGUAAGAAUAGUUUUAUUCAUCAUGUCCAUUGCUUUUAUAAUGAACCCUUAUGCUGCAAUGAACUGUGCUGGACAUAUUCAAAUGGGGAAAGAAAAAAAGAAACGCUGAUGCUGUGAGAGACUGAAAACUUUAUUUUUGUAACAUAACCUUCUGAACUGAAGCCAUCACACACACAUGCUACACUCA